AUGGAGUCUAUGCAGAUUCUAUCAAUGGAAGAACCUGUCAAGAGGAGCACUGUUAGGACGUACAAAAUAAUUUGUAUUGUUCUCCUUGCUUUGUUGGUGAUUGUGUCACUUGGACUGGGCCUGGGGCUUGGACUCAGGCGACAAGAGGAGCAAGGAAGUUGCAGGAAGAAAUGCUUUGAUUCUUCAUUCAGAGGACUGGAGAGCUGCCGGUGUGAUAUGGAAUGUAAACAGCGGGGUGACUGUUGCUGGGAUUUUGAAGACACCUGUGUGAAAUCAACUCGAAUAUGGACAUGCAAUAGAUUUCGUUGUGGGGAGACCAGACUAGAUUCCAGCCUCUGCUCUUGUUCAGAUGAUUGUCUGCAGAGGAAAGACUGCUGUGCUGACUAUAACAGUGUCUGUCAAGGUAAGCAGAGGAGAUUGAACCAUUUGCCUCCGCGGGUUCAAUCCAGUUGCCCAGUUCAAUUUGAAUUGCCACCAGUUAUUUUGUUUUCCAUGGAUGGAUUUAGAGCUGAAUAUUUGCAGACCUGGGAUACUCUCCUACCUAAUAUUCAUAAACUGAAAACAUGUGGAAUUCAUUCAAAAUACAUGAGAGCUGUCUAUCCAACCAAAACCUUCCCAAAUCAUUACACUAUUGUCACGGGAUUAUAUCCAGAAUCCCAUGGCAUCAUUGAUAAUAAUAUGUAUGAUGUAAACCUCAACAAGAAUUUUUCACUUUCAUCAAAGGAGAAAAACAAUCCAGCUUGGUGGCAAGGGCAACCAAUCUGGCUGACAGCAACGUACCAAGGUUUAAAAGCUGGUAGCUUCUUUUGGCCUGGAUCAGAUGUCGCUAUCAAUGGCUCCUUUCCUUCUAUAUAUAUGAGUUAUAACAGAAGUAUCCCAUAUGAAGAGAGGGUCUUUACAUUGUUGAAAUGGCUGGACCUGCCCAAAGCUGAAAGACCUGCUUUUUAUACCAUCUAUGUGGAAGAGCCUGAUUCUGCAGGACAUAAAAAUGGGCCAGUCAGUGCCGGAGUAAUUCAAGCCUUACAGUUGGUAGAUAAGACUUUUGGAAUGUUGAUGGAAGGCCUAAGACAGCGGAACUUAGACAAUUGUGUCAAUAUAAUCCUUUUGGCCGACCAUGGAAUGGAUAAGACUUACUGUGACAAGAUGGAAUAUAUGACUAAUUAUUUUCAUCGAAUAAACUUCUACAUGUAUGAAGGGCCUGCCCCUCGUAUCAGGGCUCGUAAUAUACCCCAGGACUUUUACACUUUUAAUUCUGAAGAAAUUGUUAGGAACCUCAGUUGCCGAAAACCUGAUCAGCAUUUCAAACCCUAUUUGACUCCUGAUUUGCCAAAACGACUACACUUUGCCAAAAAUGUCAGAAUUGACAAAGUUCAUCUUUUGGUGGACCGACAGUGGCUGGCUGUGAGGAGUAAAGCAUAUUCAUCCUGUGGAGGAGGCAACCACGGUUAUAACAAUGAGUUUAAGAGCAUGGAGGCUAUCUUUUUGGCACAUGGACCCAGUUUUAAAGAGAAGACUGAAAUUGAACCAUUCGAAAAUAUCGAAGUCUAUAACCUAAUAUGUGACCUUCUACACAUUCAACCAGCACCAAAUAAUGGCACCCAUGGUAGUUUAAACCAUCUUCUGAAGGUCCCUUUUUAUGAGCCAUCCCAUGCAGAGGAAGUGUCGAAGUUUUCUGUUUGUGGCUUUACUGUCCCACUGCCCAUAGAUACUCUCCAUUGUUCAUGUCCUGUGCUACAAAGCAAUGCUGCUUUAGAACAUGUGAAUCUAAUGCUAAAUCUCUCCCAAAAUGAAAUAACAGCCACAGAGAAACUAAAUGUGCCAUUUGGGAGGCCCAGGGUCAUGCAGAAGAACAAGGAGCACUGUCUUCUCUAUCACAGGGAAUAUGUCAGUGGAUUUGGAAAAGCUAUCAGGAUGCCCAUGUGGAGCUCAUAUACAGUACUCAAGCCAGGAGACACAUCUCCUCUUCCUCCCACUGUCCCAGACUGUCUGCGGGCUGAUGUUAGGGUUGCUCCUUCUGAAAGCCAAAACUGUUCCUUUUAUUUAGCAGACGAGAAUAUCACCCACGGCUUCCUCUAUCCUCCUGCAAACAAUAGAACUUCUGAUAGUCAAUAUGAUGCUUUAAUCACAAGUAACUUGGUCCCUAUGUAUAAAGCAUUUAAAAAAAUGUGGGAUUACUUCCACAGUGUUCUUCUUGUAAAACAUGCCAUGGAGAGAAAUGGAGUAAAUGUGGUUAGUGGGCCAGUAUUUGAUUAUAAUUAUGAUGGUCAUUUUGAUGCUCCAAAUGAAAUUACAGAAUAUAUAAAGAACACUAGUGUUCCCAUCCCAACUCAUUACUUUGUGGUGCUGAGCAGUUGCAAAAAUAAGAGCCACACCCCCAACGCCUGUCCUGGGUGGUUGGAUGUCCUGCCCUUUAUUAUCCCUCACCGACCUACCAACGUGGAGAGCUGCCCUGAAAAUAAACCAGAAGCUGUUUGGAUUGAAGAGAGAUGGAAAGCCCACAUUGCCCGGGUCCGCGAUGUGGAACUUCUUACUGGGCUGGACUUUUACCAGGAAAAAGUACAGCCUGUUUCUGAAAUUUUGCAACUUAAGACAUAUUUACCCACAUUUGAAACCGUUAUUUAA